AAUAAAAACCUGAAAAAAACUUGAGGGUGUAUUCUGAAACAUAACCCCAUCAUCAACCUCUCAAAACCAUUCACCAACGCAGCCGCCACCCGUCCUUCAAUAUCCACAGCGUCAAAGAGAAAUAAUUUUGGAAUCAUAGAAGAUGGUGAGACCGUAUGCAGUUAAGGGGCGAAAGAGGAAGAAGAACAAAACAGAAAGAUACGAUAAAGAAGAAGAGGAAGAAGAAAACGCAGGGUUUGUUGAAGAAGGGGAAAAAGAAGGUACCCAGAAGAAAUUGAAGAGUGGGGUUACAGAAUCAGAUGAAGAAAAAGCAGAAGCAGCUGCAGAAGAAUUGGCGGGAAUUCCAGUGAAUUUGAGUGAGCAGCAGCAGGGUAAUGAUAACAACAGUCCAGGUGUUAUUUUUGUUCUUGAGAAAGCUUCUUUGGAGGUUGCAAAAGUUGGAAAGAGCUAUCAAUUGUUAAAUUCAGAGGAUCAUGCCAAUUUUUUGAGGAAAAAUAACCGAAACCCUGCUGAGUACAGGCCUGACAUUUCUCAUCAGGCAAUAUUAAAUAUCUUAGAUAGCCCGCUGAAUAAAGCUGGUAAACUAAGAGCUUUGUAUGUGAGAACCGAGAAAGGGGUACUUAUUGAAAUCAAGCCUCACGUUCGUAUUCCAAGGACAUUUAAGCGUUUCGCUGGAAUCAUGUUGCAAUUACUUCAAAAACUAAGUAUUUCUGCUGUUGGAAAACGCGAAAAGCUUUUGCGUGUGAUAAAGAAUCCUGUAACACAGUAUCUCCCAGUCAAUUCUCGCAAGAUAGGGUUUUCACAUAGUUCAGAAAAGUUGGUUGAUAUGCAUGACUAUGUGGCUCCAUUGGACAAAGAUGCAACUCUUGUUUUUGUGGUUGGUGCAAUGGCCCAUGGGAAAAUCGAAUGCGACUACAUAGAGGAUUUUAUUUCAAGUAAGUUCAUUAUAUACGCUUGGGGUACAUAUCUACAUAAUAUGCAUAUUUCUGGGUAUCCGUUGAGUGCAGCAUACUGCAUUACUAGGAUCACUAAUGCGUUGGAGCGCAAACACAAGAUUCUAUGAACAUGUUUCUACGUUUAUUUGUAAUGGUAAUAUUAGAAUUGUAGAUGACAUUUCAUGAUUAUAUCACCUUUUUUUAUCAUUUCUAUUAUGUGGUUAUUGCGAGCUUUGUUAGGCUAUUUUCCAUUUGGAAAGCUACAACUAUUUUAGGUUCAUUUUUAUUUGUAGAUUACGAAAGAUGCCGGUUUUGUUCUUGUUUUUGAAUGAAUUAUGUCCUAUUUUUUUAGAA